GGGCCAAUUCAUAUUUGUUGUACAUGUUGUGGUGGUUUGCUCUAGCAGUUUUUAGUUUCCUAAUAAUAGUCUAUUUAUACUUGAAGGACUCUCGUAGGCCAUCUUUUGUUGCUUCGGCAGCUCACGCUUAUACUUUUAUUGAUCCAGCAGACCCGAGUAAAACUUAUCCUUUCCCUUCUUUAUUUUCACCCGCAGAAAAGUCACUCUCAGUUAUUGUUCCUGCAUAUAAUGAAGAGAAAAGACUCCCCAAAAUGCUCGAAGAAACCAUAAAGUCUCUAGAAGCUCGAACAAGAAGAGUUGCCAGUUUUUCUUGGGAAAUUAUCGUUGUAGAUGACGGUAGCCGAGAUGAUACAGUCGAAGUAGCUUACAAGAUUGGGGGGCCUCUCGGGACGGACAGAUUUAGAGUAUUGAGACUACCUCAAAACAGUGGCAAAGGUGCCGCAGUGAAAAAUGGUAUGUUAAGCAGUCGUGGCGAACUUUUGUUGAUGGCUGAUGCAGACGGAGCCACGUACUUUGAGGAUUACUUGAAGUUAGAAGGAAAGGUAGGCUCAGCGUAUAAGGAGAAACCGCUGAUAAUCAUUGGUUCACGUGCUCAGUUGGAACAAGCUGAACGUUCUUUUGUAAGAAAACUCUUCAUGUGGGGCUUCCAUUGGUAUGUGAACCUUAUUGGUGGCGUGACGCAUAUUCGCGAUACUCAAUGUGGCUUUAAACUGUUUACAAGAGAAGCAGCUCGACUAGUUUUUCCCAAUCAACAUCUUUUUCGCUGGGCCUUUGAUGUGGAACUUUUAUAUGUUGCGCAGCAAUAUUCCAUUCCUAUUUACGAAGUUCCUGUGAAAUGGUCGGAAAUUCCCGGUAGUAAACUCAACAUUUUGAAGGCAGUCCUGAAUAUGUCACGAGAUUUGUUAAUCAUGCGCUGCAAAUACUGUAUAGGGGUGUGGUGCUUGUAUAACUAUCGAGCAACUGAUAAAACUGUCAUGAACAGAUAGAUCUGCGAAGGGGAUAUUUUUCACAAUGAGAGCAAAGUCUCUCUCUCUCUCUCUCUCUCUCUAUAUAUAUAUAUAUAUAUGUGUGUGUGUGUGUGUGUG